UCUAUCGUGUUCAAACAUAUGCGACGUAUUAUUAGCAAAUUUUCAUCACAAUACACAAUACUUAUACCAUAAUAAUAUUUUUCUUGAUUUUUUUACCAUAGAAAUGGAUAAUUAUGACAAAACUAGGGUUAUUAGACCGUAUAGGAAAUCAUCUCUUCCUCGCCUGCGAUGGACGCCCGAUCUCCACGAUCGCUUUGUUGAAGUAGUUCACAGUCUUGGUGGGAAAUACAAAGCAACUCCAAAGAAGAUAAUGCAGAUUAUGGGCGUGAGGGGGCUCAAGAUUUCUCACAUCAAGAGUCAUCUACAGAUGUACAGAAGCAUGAGAGAAACAACAUUUACAAACAAGUUUAUACCUGUGAAAAACUACCAAGAAAAUAAUCCUCAUGUACGACAAGUUUGUGAAACAAUGAGAGAAGCACCAAGUCAUGGAAAACUAAUUAGUGUUCCAUUGACAUGUCAAGUUAGAAGGCAAGUCACACAAAAUAGUUCAAAUGUUAUUUACAAGGGCGCACAAGAAAGUUCAACCGGAGAAAUUACAAGGGGGACCAUGGAUAACCCAUGGGCAAAAAUGGGAAUUCCAAAAACACAUGAAAUAAACUUCUUGAGUUUAGGAACCAAUCAAACACAUGAAAUAAACCCUAAGCUUAGUCCUAUUAAUCUAGAAUUAACCAUCUCUUGAUUCACUAUUUUCUUAUAACACAAAUGUUGUUUUACUGUAGUAUAUUCUUCCUCUUGGCAAAAUUGGA